AUGGAAAAUUUUCCAGAGGAAUUUGCAAGAUCGUUUAUACUUUGUUUCAAAUUAUUCGAUAAAUGUAAUAUUUCAUUCUUUGAUAACAAUAAUAUAUCUAAAUUACUUACAUGGUUAAGAACGUAUUACAGUGUACCAUUUGUGUUGGCAUAUAAUGUUUGCCUGUUGGCAUAUUUGCACAAACUAUUGAUAGAAAGAUUUCAUAUGUCAGAGGUAGCGUAUAUUGUUUCCAUGUGUCUGAUUUCUAUACAAGGUGUGAUUAAAGCAACAAUUGUAUUACUGAAGAGAUCCGAUAUUAAAAACUUAAUUUAUCAUUUGGGUAAUAUGUGGAGAACGUCAAACCUUACUGAUAAACAAAUUGAGAAGAAGAAAAAUCUUUUAAAAACUCUAAAAUAUUUUCAAUUGGUGUUCUACUGGAGUGACAUAAUAGGAGCAUGGCAACAUUUAACAACGCCAUUAUUGUUAGUACUUUUUCGUACAUUUAUACUGCAAGAGGAUUGUGAGCUGGCGUUGCCGUUUGGGAGUGUGUAUCCAUACGAUCCUACAGAAAAUUGGUUCAAAUAUUUAGCAACUUACGCAUUCCAAUCAUUUGCCAUGUUGCGAGAAGUUUACAUAUAUAUAGGCACUGACUUUUUGUUGAUGACGCUGUCUGCACACCUAGCUAUUGCAUUUGCCCUUCUUCGUGAAGAUUUGGUAAACGUAGCGCCUACGAAUAUAAAAAAUGGAUUUUGCAAUAAUUCAACUGAUGGACAACAAACGAACGAAGAAAGUUAUGUAAAAAUAUCCAUACAAGAUUUCAUUUGUCGGCAUCAGAAGUUAAUUGAGUUGGCUGCUUUAUUGAACGACGUAUUCAACAUCAUGAUAUUCGUCAAUUUAUUAUUUAUUACGAUUAUUGCAUGUUUUUUCGGAUUUGCAACUACGGUAGCGCGAGGGAUAGUGGAGAUGAUAAACAACUUAGUUGCUGUUUUGGCGUUGUUGUUACCGACUCAUUUACUUUGUUACUACGGCGAGUUAUUGAGGAACGAAAGUUUGCGUAUAGCUGAUUCGGCAUACACUAAUUUAUGGUAUAAAGGAGAUGUUCAUUACCAGAAAAUGAUUAAUAUCAUAAUAAUACGAUCACAACGGCCUUGCUGUCUUACGUCACUAAAACAUGUACCGGUUACUUUGAAUUCGUUCACUAAGGUACUAAGUACAACCUGGUCGUAUUUUUCGGUAGCAACAAGUAUUUAUUUUGAUAAGGAGUAG